UGUGUAUAUGUACUUCCUGUUUCAGUGUGUAUAUGUACUUCCUGUUUCAGCGUGAAGAACUGGCUGAGCGAGCUGGUCCACCUGACCUGCUACCGGAUCUGUGCCAGAGGACUCUCAGCCACCAUCGUCUACCACAACAGAGAAAACAAACCUCAGAAAGGAGGGAUAUGCGUGGCCAACCACACCACCCCCAUCGACGUGGUGAUCCUGUCCAACGACGGCUGCUACGCCAUGGUGGGUCAGAUCCACGGAGGCCUGAUGGGCGUCUUGCAGCGCUCCAUGGUCCGGGCCUGUCCUCACGUCUGGUUCGAGAGGUCGGAGAUGAAGGACCGCCAUGCUGUAGCCAGCAGGCUGAGAGCACACGUUGCAGCCAAGACCAAGCUUCCCAUCCUGAUAUUCCCUGAAG